UAAGUGACUAGUGAAUAUAUUAUUAUUUGUUAAUUGUUAUACCUACUGAGUAGGUACUGAAUAUAUUAUAUUAUUAUUAUACUUACUUAUUUAGUACUCAUUUAAUAUUUGACUAGACUAUUCAUGAUGGAUUUUGAAAAGGUAAAGGAAAAAACUUUUGAAGAUGCUCAUAAAGGUAAUGUUGACCAAGUUAUGAAAGCAGUUGAAGAGCAUUUGAGGCUGUUAAAAGAAGUGGACGUUAACAAUCGUUUGCUCCUUCAUUGGGCAGCACUUGGGGGCCAUGAUAGACUUGUACGAUAUCUUCUCGAAAAUGGUCAACCAGAAGAUUCUCGAGAUGACAUGCAAACUACUCCUCUUAUAUUGGCAGCAUCAGGUGGCCGCAUUGAUACAGUAAAAACUCUUAUAGAAUAUGGAGUAAAUAUUAAUGCAAAAAAUGAAGAAGGACAUUCUGCACUUCAAUAUGCAGCUUCAAAAGGUUGGACAGAAAUUGUCAGAUAUUUAGUAUCAAAAGGAGCUGAUGUUGAUAUUGCUGAUAAUAGAGGAGCAACACCAUUACAUAGAUGUGCAUCAAAAGGAAACAUGUCAGUGCUAAAAAUUUUAUUGGACUGUGAUAUACAUGUAAAUGCUAGAGAUAAUUAUGGAAACACACCACUCCAUUUAGCUUGUGAAGAAGGACGUGUACAAGAAGCUGGAUUAUUGAUUAAAAGUGGAGCUGAUAUCACUCUCAUAAAUAAAGAAAAAUUAACACCUUUUGAUUUGGCACCAUCUGAUAUACAAGGCAUUUUGAGAAAAAUCUAAAAUAAUAAAACUGUCUUGGGUGAGGAUCAUGUAAUAUGUUGUACAAUUAAUUUAAAAAGUGGAUAAAAAAGUGUUAAGCCAUUCAUCUAUCAUAAAUGGUAAAAGAGUCCAAGAAAAAUAACUGUAAAGUUAACUACCUAUGUACGUAGUUUGUCCCAAAAAGGUCCUAAGAAUCUUUGCAGAUAACCAAUAUUCUACAAUGCUGUUUCUUUUAGUGUAAUCUUAAGAAAAUUUUAAUUUAAUAUCAAAAAUUGUUUUACUUGAAAUAUUUUUUUUAGUAACUUUACGUUAACUUUUUUUAUAUCAAUUAUAUUCAUUAAAAUCAAACUUGAUUCCAAUGCCAACUUUUUCAUGAAAUUUACUUAAAUGUCUACCUUCAAGUAGAGAUUUGUGUUCAAUUAACUGGGUAAAUUGUUUAUUUUUUAUUAAUUGAAUUAAAUAAUUAAUUAUAUAUUGAUUUGUCAUGGAAGUCCUUAUAAUUGGUGUAUAUGACUUGGGACAUAUAUACUACAAACAACUCUAUAAGCUACCAACACUUACUAACCAAAUUUGAAGAAUUCCAGUCCCCAUUAUGUACUUAAAUCUGUUCUAUACCACGGGGCACGGGUUACUAAUAAAAUUAUUUAAUUUAAAGAAGUUCUAAAUUAUGUCCAUCUAAAUUUGUCAUUUUGAAUGUUCCCAUACAUAACAAUGUAGUAAACAACAUAAAAUUAAUUAUUAACUUAUGUUCCAAGCGAGUAUACCAGAUACUUUACACACUUUACUUGAAAACAUUUUUCUUGAACUUUUUGUCUGUUUUUCCUUCUUGCCUAACCUUGGUGCAAUACUGCAUUAUGAAAAUAUUGAUAAAAAUUAUUAUAAAUACUUAGUUUCAUGUUUAUUGACUAUUUAAUUAUGACUAUUAAAUAUAAUCUGUGAAGUUAAAAACAAAUGAAACACUAAUGAGUGUCUCUUAAGUAUUAGCAUAUUUGUUUUUGAAUCCCAUAAAAUACCUAUUAAUUAUCAUACUAAUAUAGUACCUAUGUAAAAAUAAUUAUAAUUUAUGUAUGAUUCUCAUGUUCACAUUAUGUGUUCUACAAAAUUAGUAAUUACAAUAAUAUGUAUACAUUUUCUGAGAUAUAUAAUAAAACAGAAUAAGUCUAAUUUGGUUAGGUUAGGUUAAGUGUUAACUAAAGUGUUAACAGUUGAAAACUAAAUUGUUUGUUAGUAAUAUACAAUAUGGAACUAAAAUCAGUCACCUACUCCAUAUUUAUUGUAAAUAAUAAUAAUAUAAUAUGUCUUGUAAUAAUUCUGAAAUGGACUUUGUUUAUAUUUAAAUAAUGAAUUAGUAUUGUGAUGAUAUAUUAUAUUUAAUUUAAGUAAACUA